CCUAGGAUAAAAGACGGGGAUUUCAACCAUCUGGAAAAUUCGUCUUGCUUACUUUUCUCUCACCAAAUCUCUCUCUCUCUCUCUCUCUCUCUCUCUCUCUCUCUCUCUCUCGUGAAGAUGGGUUUGUUUGAUCUCGAGAAACACUUCGCAUUCUAUGGAUCAUACCACAGUAACCCUGUCAACAUCUUCAUCCACACUAUCUUCGUUUGGCCCAUCCUCUUCACUUCCCUUGUUCUCUUCUACUUCACCCCCGCUUUAUUCAGCUUCUCCGAAAUCUCCUUCUUGGGUCAUAAAUUAAUUCUUAAUCUAGGGUUUGUUUUCACCUUGAUUUAUGCUUUGUUUUACAUAGGUCUUGAUUAUAAAGCUGGUUCUCUCGGCGCUCUUCUCUGUUUUGGUUGUUGGGUGUUUGCUAGUUCUCUUGCAAGUCACUUGGGCUUCUCUUUGGCUUGGAAGGUUGUCCUAGCAGCUCAGUUAGUUAGCUGGAGUGCACAGUUUAUAGGCCAUGGUGUGUUUGAGAAACGGGCCCCAGCUCUCUUAGACAACCUAAUCCAGGCCUUCCUGAUGGCACCUUUCUUCGUACUGCUUGAGGUACUAAUGUUAUUUCACUAUGAACCGUAUCCUGGAUUCCGCAAAUCCGUUGAAGCAAAGAUAAAAGCUGAAAUUGAAGAAUGGGAGGAGGAGAAGAAGAAGAAAACAUAUUAGCUUGAGUUGAUACAGGGACCAAAAGUAUAUUUAAUUAGGUCUACUUGUAAUAAGAUUGGAAGUUUGUUUAGACCUUAUAUGCUACCCAACUUUAACCCUUGUAAUAUUUGUGAAUAAAGAAAGCCUGCUUGGCCCAGGUCAAAUAAGUACAGAGUUUGGUAAUAUAUAAAUUAUGUGUAAAUCUCUUAUUUUAUC